UAUAAUGAAUGAUCAGUUUCAUAGAAUUCAUUCUCAGAGAAGAACUGAGGAACCAGAUUGUGUUGUGAAGCUCAUUGAAGCAUACUUCGAAGAUGUAGAAGCGAUCCUUUCAGAUCUUUCGAGUCAUGCUGAUGAGUCAAAUGUUGGCUUAACUAAGUUGUCUGCCCUUGCUCGUGAAAUAGAGGACAAGAGCAAAAGCAUUGGUGCAGAGCAUGUUAAGCUUGCAUGUCCUGGUCUGAUUCAGGCUUGCGAUGAGAACCAUAAAAGAAAGUUUGAUCGAAGCCUCAUGUGGGUGAAAAGUGAAUUUAGUUCUACCAAGACCAAGUUGGAGCCUUACAUUCGGAUGGAGCGAAGGAUUAUCAGAUACAUGGAGUCAAAAGCAGAAUCUUCAUCCUCGAGUUGAAUUCUCUCCUUCAGUUAGAUCAGAAGAA